CGGCACCAGAGAAAGAGAUGGGGAGAAGGAAAGGAGUAGACUUCGAUGAGUCGCCGCCGGACGACUUCGAUCCGUCGAACCCGUACAAGGACCCGGUGGCGAUGCUGGAGAUGAGAGAGCACGUUGUGCGGGAGAAGUGGAUUGAGAUUGAGAAGGCCAAGAUCCUGAGGGAGAAGCUCAGGUGGUGCUACCGCAUCGAAGGUGUCAACCACCUCCAGAAAUGCCGCCACCUCGUCCAGCAGUACCUCGACUCCACCCGCGGAAUCGGCUGGGGCAAGGACGGUCGCCACCCUUCCCUUCACGGUGGGCGCUCUCUCUCUCUCUCUACUGUUCUAUUUGAAUGCCAAGAAAUCUGA